UGUUGAUAUUGGUAAUGUUGGAAAGUCCCAACCCAAUGGUUCUUUGGUUUAUCUUGAAAAAUCACUCUCAAAAACCAAUGUGUAAUGAGAACUAGGAUAUUAUAAAAUCUUUUUGCAGGUGAAGAAGAUCAUGAAUGGAGUGUUUCAGUCGUUGCGAGGAGAGUUUGACCUGGAUGAAAUGUACAGUGGCAGAGCAGUCCUUGGUAUCAUUGUGAACACUAUCAAGGCAGUUACCCUGAAACUGUUGAGAAGUGACCAAGACCAGCCAAUCACAAAGGAUGAUGAAUCUGAGGAGGAGCGCGAAGAACAAGCAGCUCCUCCGAUUGAGAUGAAAGCAAAUACUGAUACCUCAGAAAGUCCGAACACUGCAGUAUUGGAUGACAAACAACCCACAGUAGCUGAAGCUCACUGGAUAAAAGAUGUGAAUUUAUCACCUGGUCACUCUGGUGAGGUGGUUACAGUGAAAUCUGAGCAUAAUGAGGCUGAAGGCUCAAAAGCACUGGAGUUGGAGCAGCCAGAGGCAACCCUGACCUCUAGCCUGAACAUUCCCACUCUCGCACAAGGUUCACCCAUAGCAGAUAAGCAGGAGGCUACUGCAGAAACCUCCAGGAAAGGAGCUGCUGACACACAGACUGAGAAGAAGCCUUUGUCUGAUUGUCAAAAUGGAAAAUCUCAUCAACAAACAGAGGUCCCCGAUCAUGAUAGAACACUAGAGAAGAGCCUUAACCCAUUGGACAGAGUUCAGCACUGUGAGCUUGACAAUACAUUGGAUUUAAACAGUCCGACUGAAAGACAGGAAGAGCAAUCUCAAGCACUCAGCUUUGAAAGCGGUUCUGGAAUUCAAGAGGAGACUCUGCUUUCAGAACCCUUGCAGGAAGCAGUCCCAGCCCUCAAUGGGAAUGAAGAGAGUCCAGAAAUUCCAGAGGGUCCAGUGUUUGAAGCAAGCGAGUCUCCCUCAGAGCUGGAAGCAUUGCACGUGGUGGAACAUGGUUCCAGUGACACAAUAUCAACACCAGGACAUAAAUCUAAAUCUGCUCCCUCAACAAAUGCCGCCAGUCUUUUCAGUGAUGAUGACGAUGAUGAGGGCUUGUUCAAACCGGUGACUCUGAAAUCGGGAAAGCUGACCAAGAAGGAGGAGGAAGAGGAUGAAGAUGAAGUGAUCCGUUCAUGACCAUUGUAGAGAUGUUGAAUGGAGUGAUUUGAAUUCCUCAAGCCAAUCUUCAAGAAAUUAUGCAACAAGAUUUCAAGUUUUACAACUUUACUAUAACAAACGAAAAGCAACCUGGCCUAAGCAUUACGUAACAGGCAGUUAAUGAUAAGUUAAUUAAAAAAAAAAUCUUAACAUGACCAAUAACCUCAUGCCAUAUAUACUUGACAUAUAUACUCUGUACUUUAUAGUAUGGUUUCCAUAGACCUUCAGUUGUUAGAGAAAACAGGCCUGUUUCAUGCUGUUUCCAUUCGAUUUACAUAAUCCAUUUUGCUGAAUUAUAGUUUUUCAUGGCCAUUGUCCCUUGGUCUUUGAAUUCUCAAACCAGUGCACUGUGGUGCCAGCUUUGCCAGGGCUAAUCCUGUAGAGUCUUUACAGUGCUAUGGAAUGCGUCCCUCCGAUUGGCAACUCACCUCCCUCGUGUCUGAUCAUUCAAAUUCUCUCUCUCUCUCUCCCUCUCCCCCUCCAUGUACCAUCCAAGCCCUCUUCCUGUCAAAGUGAUCUAGAUAGUGUGAUUGAAUGUACCAUUGGGUGGUAUGGUGGCUCAGUGGCCUCAGCGCCAGGAUUCCAUGUUCAAUUCCCGCCUCGGGCGACUGCCAGUGU